UGGGCUGGAGCAGAAACACUCCCUCCGCUCACUCCGACUGACUGUCACCGACAAACAACGUGGGACGCUGGAAUUUGUUAAACCACGCUACGGACACUUUAGCUCUGCUCUCUAUACACCGAGUGAAUCUCGCGCUUGGCAGAGCUGGAAAAUAUGUGUAAACUACUGACAGCGGUCAAAUAAACACUGCACUAUCACUCGCGCUGUAGGACUCUUUAAUGUCAUGCGAGGAUUUAAUAAUAGCCAUUAUGAAGUGGUCAGGUAGAGUCAGAAGGAUUCAGGACUUUUAAACUUGCUGAAAUCACUGUAAACAUGGACGAGGCGGAGGCUGGAGACGGGAGCGGGGCGCGGGGCGGCGAACUCGAGCGUCCCGCUGACGGAGCGCUGGAUGAGGUGCAGAUGCAUCUCGCCUGCUUACCGGAGCGAUACAUGAGGGCGAAGUUUUCCCUCUCCGCGUACAUAUUUUGCUGGACAGUUGUGAAGUUGUGUCAGAGGUUACGACCAUCACUGGCUCUUCCUCAGGCCCCCGCUUUAGAGGACUCUGGGAGUGAAGGAAACUGUCUGGAGGAUGGGGACUCCCAGCAGGAGGAAUGUGGAGAGCAACAGGACCACCAGGAAUGGUGUGAGCCGGUUUCUGAAGCAGCGCAGGAUACAAAAGAGGAAUAUUUUGACACACACUCAUGGCACAGUGACACUUUCUCUGACUCCAGUCAUGAAACUAAGUACUGCUGCAGGACAUUGCGCACCUCUGAGACUGGCGCUUUGGGUCAUCUGGACUCAGACGUUUCAUUUGUUAAACCCACACCUUCAGCUAGAGAGAGAGAUUCCACUUUAGCUAAACGGCAUCAUGAUGUCUUUGACAGUCUCAGCGGGACAGUGGAUAGAGUGCAAUUGCAAACACAGAUUGGAAAUACAGAAACCAUGCACAUUGAUGGCACUGGAAUGUCUCAUGGUGGACCAGAAUCUGAGGAGGCAUUUAUCAAUUUUCCAGCAGGACCUGGACUUGAUUCUUCUUCAACGAAUGACUUAUCUCAUGUAGCAUCACCCCUAGGGAAUUUAAAGGACUCUGUAGAACUAAAAAUAUUCACCGAGCCAAGUGCUAAAGACUCAUUAUUCACCAUAACAGAUGGACGGGAUGGAGCUGAGUUAGGGGACACCUUUGUUUCAACAUCCAAAUGGGAUCAAACAUGUGCUCAGCCAGAACACCAUAAGCCACACAUACAGUUCAUAACCUCAGACGAGAAAGAGUUACUGCAAAAGGAUAUUGACACUAGUAAUACGGAAAUACCAAUGAUUCCAAAUCCACCUGUUCUGAAAUAUGCAGAAGAUGAGCACAAUAAGUCACACAAUCAACAUCAUAAGCUAAACGUUGAUGACAGUGAGAUCAGUUUAUCUCUAUCACAACAAAGUUCUGUAUAUGAGUCUUUAACAUUUGAGAAACCUGUUGAACAGAAAGUUCUAUCAUCAGAACAGUCACUUCAUUCAGUAGAGCACAGCCAACCACAGAUAUCAGUAGAGCACAGCCAAUCACAGAUAUCAGCAGAGCACAGCCAACCACAGAUAUCAGUAGAGCACAGUCAACCACAGAUAUCAGUAGAGCACAGUCAACCACAGAUAUCAGUAGAGCACAGUCAACCACAGAUGUCAGUAGAGCACAGUCAACCACAGAAAUCAGUAGAGCUCAGUCAACCACAGAUAUCAGUAGAGCACAGUCAACCACAGUUGUCAAUAGAGCACAGUCAACCACAGAUAUCAGUAGAGCACAGUCAACCACAGAUAUCAGUAGAGCACAGCCAAGCACAGAUGUCAGUAGAGCACAGUCAACCACAGAUAUCAGUAGAGCACAGUCAACCACAGAUAUCAGUAGAGCACAGCCAAGCACAGAUGUCAGUAGAGGACAGCCAACCACAGAUGUUGGUAGAGCACAGUCAACCACAUAUAUCAGUAGAGCACAGUCAACCACAGAUAUCAGUAGAGCACAGCCAACCACAUAUAUCAGUAGAGCACAGCCAAGCACAGAUGUCAGAAGAGCACAGCCAACCACAGAUGUUAGUAGAGCACAGUCAACCACAGAUAUCAGUAGACCACAGUCAACCACAGAUAUCAGAAGAGCACAGCCAACCACAGAUAUCAGUAGAGCACAGCCAACCACAGAUGUUAGUAGAGCACAGCCAACCACAGAUAUCAGUAGAGCACAGCCAACCACAGAGGUUAGUAGAGCACAGCCAACCACAGAUAUCAGUAGAGCAUAGCCAACCACAGACAUCAGUAGAGCACAGCCAACCACAGAUGUUAGUAGAGCACAGCCAACCACAGAUAUCAGUAGAGCACAGCCAAUCACGGAACUCAACUGAUCACAGCACGUCACAAGCUUUUAUGAACUGCAGCCAAUCACAUCUUUCAGAAAAAGACAGGCCAUCACACGAUUUUGUUGAACACAACCAGUCAAAUAAAACUGUAGAUCUCAACCAGUCACAGGAUUCAGUAAAUCACAGUCAAUUACAGGAUACUAUGGAAGACAGUAAAACACAAGCCUCAGUAGAAGAGCGUCCAACCAAUUGUGUUGAACACAGUCAGACAGAGAAUUUAGUAGAAGACAGGCAAUUACAGGAUUCAAUAGAACACAGCAAAUCACAGGCAUCAGCAGAAGACAGUACAUCACAUGAUUUUGUUGAACUCAGUCAAUCAGGGCACUUAGCAGAACACAGCCAGUCUGAUUGUUUGAAAGAAUGCAAUCAAUCUACAAAUUCAGUAGAGCACAGCCAAUCACAGGACAUAGCAAAGCACAACCAAUCAGAAGCUUCUGUAAACUGCAGUCAAUCAAAGAAUUCAUUAGAGCAUGGCCCAUCAAAGGCCUCAGUAGAAGACAGGUCAUCUCAAGAUUUUGUUGAAGACUGCCAAUCAGAAGUCUCACUAGAACACAGUCAUGAUAUGGCAGAGUGUAGCCUGCCACAAAACUUAAUAGAACACAGCAAAUCACAAGUCUCAGAUGAAGACAGACCAUCACAAGUCUAUGUUGAACACAACCAAUUAGAUAAAUCUGUAGAAGUCACGGUGUCACAGGAUUCAGAAGAACACGGACACUUAGAGUAUCUCAUAGAACAGCGCAAAUCACAGGAUUCAAUAAAAGACAAGUCAUCAAAAGAUUUUGUAGUACACAGCCAAUCAGAGGACUCAGUAGAACACAGCCAGUCACAUGAUUUAGUAGAACCCAGGCAAUCAAAUGAUUCAAUAGAACACAUCAAAUCACAAGACAACACAGAGCACAAGCAGUCAGACAUGAAUUACAUAAACUGCAGCCAAUCACAGGCCUCAGUAGAAAUCUUAAUUAAGCACAGCCAAUCACAGACUUCCAUAAAUUGCAAACACAACCAAUCACAGCAUGCCAUACAACAUGAUCAGUCUAACCUCUUAAUAGAACAAACGCAAUCACAGGAUUCAGUAAAAGACAAGCCAUCACAAGAUCUUGUCAAACAUAGCCAAUCACAGGACACAGUAGAACCCAGUCAGUCACAGGUCUCAGUAGAACACAUCCAAUCACAGGAUUCCCAAGAGUGCAGCCAAUCACAGAACUCAACACUACACAGCCAAUCACAGACUUUAGUGGGACACAGCCAAUCCCAGGAUUUGGUAGAACACAGUCAAUCACCAGCUGUAAUGGAAAACAGUAAAUCACAGACUUCAGUGGAACACAGCCAGCCACAGGCUUUGGCAGAACACAGUCAACUACUAGCUUCAGUGGAACAGAGCCAAUCACAGGGUUCAGUCGAACACUGCCAAUCACAGGCUUUGUUAGAACAUAACCAAUCACAAGCUUCGGUGGAACACAGCCAAUCACAAGCUUUGGUAGAAUGCUUCCAAUCACAGGCUUUAGUGGAACACAGCCAAUCACAGACUUCAGUGGAACACACCCAAUUACAAAAUUCAUUGGAACACAGCCAAUCACAGGAUUCAGUGGAACACAGGCAAUUGCAAGUUGACUUCAUUAAGGCACAUUCCAUGAAAACCAAGUGGAUGGUGACUGAGUCAGACACAGUAGCGUUUUACGACAAGGCACAAUUAAAACAAGACAUGAAUGUUUGUACAGAUUGUGAAAUCAAUGAAUCCUUGGGAGUUUCAUCAAAAUAUGCUGACAAUUUGAACUUUGAAAAUAAUGAAAGUCUAUAUUUCAAAACACAAGACUUAAAUGACACUUCGACUGUUGUUUCUGAAUACAAGUGUUUCUCACAUGUGCCUAAUGCAUCUUCUAUCGGAGUGUCCGAUCCACUGCAUCAGUGUGCGAUUAGCAAUUCAUCCUCAGAUCUGCAGGCUAAAACUCAUUAUGGUCAGCAGAGUUGGCCAGUAUUACAAAUACAAACCGAAAAAGACGAUUACUCAGUUAGUAGAUAUCACAUGGAUGGUUACUGUUUGCAAGACAGUGAGCAAAGAGAGUUUUACAAAACCUACCAGUGCCCUAAUAGUACCAUUCAUUUUAAUACACAGGGUGAAUUCACUGAAGCACAAGGUUGUAUCAACACCAAACUUUUUGAAAGCAAAGGUGGUGACAUUGUAGGUGGACCGCAGAAUGACAGCAACAUACAUCACAUUAUGAAAGGGAAAGAAUGUACAAUAGUUCCUUCAAUAGAGCAGUCAGUAAUUUACUCUGACAGUUCAGGAUGCAUAGAAUAUAAAAGGCCCAAAACGUUGAGCAUUGCUUGUCCUGACAUGACAACUGCUGGAGCUGAAGGGUGUCCCAUAGACAGUCCUGUUGAAUCACUGGCUACUCUGUUUGAGAUUUCAUAUGACAGAUCUACAGUCAGCCCCACAGACAUUUGCUUUGAGUUUAGUGAUGGCCCUCAAAUGAACUGUAAACAAGUAGCACAGAGUGUUACAGAAUAUUCAGAUGCCCCCAAACAAUUUCACCAAUUUGACACCCUGUCUGACAAACAAAGAAGGCCUAAUGAGUCAGCUGAAUCAAUUGCGUUGGACGUUGAUAUUUUGUCUGGUGCACGUUCCGAUCUCUUCACAAAUGCACAGUUUCCUUUUGAUUAUUCCCAGCUGAACAGCAGGAACUAUGCACAAAGCUCAGACACAAAUAAUAACAUUAAAGCCAUUACUUUAGAAGAGUCUGCCUCGGGAGUACAAAUGUCUUUGCCUAGUUCUUUGCAAAAAUACAGUAGGUUUACAAAUAAUCCUGAAUGCUUAGUCUCACAAAGGGGUGAUCACAUAAUCAUUGACUCUUUUAGUCCUCAUAAUACCCCCUUCAAAGCACCUGAAAUGAAGACUGAAGUAAACAGCAAAAAUAUUGUUGUGAAACCUAGCUGUCACAUAGAUGUUACACAGAGGAAGCUCUGUGAUUGCUGUGGUGGGAAGGAGUGCCAGCUGCACUCGACUGCAGUGGAGGGAGAGCAGACAGCGGGUGUAUUUCAGUUCAAGGGCACAGAUGCCAUCAGUCAGCACAGAACUGCAGUGUUGCAAACCUUGAGUCCCCCCAACAAAGAUGACCAUUACAGCACACAUGAAGAGGUGAAAGUAGACUCUACAAGCUGUGAAUUUUCACAUAUGGUCAGUUUGCUUGCACACAAACAUCCGAAUCUUGUCCGAGAAGACUACGUAUUACCACUGACUGGAGCUCUCAAGGCUGAUGAUGCUUAUGUAUUUGAAAACCGGGAGAGAAAGCAUGAAACUUUCCCGAUCAACUCUCUUAAAAGCACUGAAUCAAUAUGUGAAACUUCUGAUCCUCUUUUUAAACAAACAUUGCAAUUGCACAACUCAGAGGUUGAGGGUGCAUUUGUUACAUGUUGUCAUAUUUUGCCCAUCACCAACUUAGAGGCCAUUUUGGAGACGGACCGUUCCCCAGAGAGCUCAUUUGCAGUAGAGAAUGAACUGGAGGAGCAACAGAGAGGAAGUCCUUUAUCAGAAGGUGGAUUAAAUGAGGAGCUGAGCUCUUGUGAUGAUGUCACAAAUCGCCCACAUGACAACAUUUGUGCCAUGCACACAAAAGCCAAUGUUGCCAAUUCCAUGAAUGAACCCAAUGCUGGAGAAACAAUGAACUCUUUAUCAAAUGGGUUUGACAGCAGUGAUGACCAUAGUGUUUCCAGUUUUGUGUCACAAGACCUUGACUCCAGUACCAACAGUGAGGAGACGGAAGACACCAUGCAGUCAGGUCUUCGUGGUAAUGCGAGAAAUAAGAGAACACAGUCAGCUAAGGGCUCUAUGUUUUCUGGUUUGAUUCGAAUGCCCACCUUCCGCAAGCCAAAACGAGAACUCAAACGCAACAAAAACAGGGUUGAUCCGAAAGUUAGGGAGUCCAGUGGCGAUAGAGAUGAACAAGAUGAGAUGAAGAACAACAGGUCACCCACAUGCAGCAAAUCCCACCCUUCACUGUACAAGACCCCUAUUUCUCAAAGUGCAGAUCACCUUACUGAUAUUACAAAGCAUUCUGACCACUCAAAUGAUGAUGUUUUUGAAAGGGCUUUUGCUUUAAAUGUGCAGAAUAGAGAGAAACACACACAACCUCAACAUCCAUUUGAACAGCAGCAGCGGAAAGAUGGAGAUGCACUCAAUUUUAGAGCUUGCCAGACAACAGAGGGGUUGCAACAAAAAAGAUGCAAGAGUAUUGAUAACUUAAACUUACGCAUGAAGCUGGCAAUGGCUCACAAGUCUAUUUCUAGCCUGUUUGAGACCAGAUAUCCCGAGAGGGACAGCCAAGAGCAGAUCUUACAGUUAGAGAAUGAGGAUGGGAAAACCAAGCAAUCCUGGAAAAAGACCAAACGCUGUAAUGAAGCAGAACUUUGCAAAAGAACUCAGUCUGUUCCUGAGACGGUCUGUGACAAGUGCAUACAUCACAGCCAAAUUGAUUGUGCCUUCUGUGCUUAUCGGAGCAGAUCCAUAAUAGCCAGCUUACCAAAUGUCCAAGUAAGAUUGAAGAACACAUGCCUUUCUGACCUGCAAACUUUGAAAUCUGCACCUCAGGAACAUUUUGAACAUAGUAAAUAUCUGGGGGAAGGUGAGCAGCCUUGUGCUGCUUUCUCAGAUUCAGACCAAGCAUCGUUAGAUGAUUUUGAGUCCAGUGUAGAGGACAGGUCACUGUCACCUGCACACCCCACUGUUCUUGCACUUUCAAACCAAAUGUCACCUACCUGGACAAGGUCCCUAAGCUGCUUCGAGACAACUGAUACACCGACAAGGCCCAUGAGCCCCAAACCACACAGUCCUGGUCUAGGCUGGACACAGCGGAGGAGCUUCCGCUACCCCUCGAGAUCUGUUGCAUCUUCUCUCUGCUUGCUUGGUCAGGGAGUGAGCACUGACGGUCUCUUAGACCCACCUCAGAGGCCGACAUCUCUGAAACCAAGGACAACACAACUCACUACAGCCCACUCUUUCGAUUCUGAGUACUUACUAGAGGACAGCAGUUCAGACAACCAGUCUCAGAAUAGCCUGAAUUCAGCCUCCCUGAUCAGCAAAACAGAGCAUGUACAGCACAGUACUGAAGCCGAGAGAAGACCACAAGAAAAUGCAUGUGUGCUUCGGGUGAAGUCCAGAGAUCCAGCUACAGCUGCGCCCAGGCCUAUGUCAGAUCUGUACGGCUGGUCCAUGUCUCUUCAGGGUACCAGAGAGUUGGCGCUCAACUUGGAGAGGAAGACUAACACACAUCAGCGCUCAUGCUCAUAUGAAACAUUGACCGAUGUGGAGAACAUCUGCAAAAAGAAGCUAAGCAAGCAGCAAAGUUUGCGGCAGAUUAGCACAUCAACAUCUGAGAGGCAUGAGAAAUUGCGAGCUAGACUUUCCCUCACAUCCCCGGAACAGUUUCCUUCCGUUCCUCUCAAAGACCACUUCUUCUCCCAGAGCACACCUGUUGGGCUGGAUUAUCUGGGCUGGGCUCAUCGUGCAUCCUUUUCUGAAACGAACCUCAGCGCACCAGAAAAAGAGGCACAUGGACAGGUCACACCUCUCGCGUUGGUGAUAACUGAUGGGCCGCAGGAUAAGUCUGGUCUUGCGGAUGAGGUGGGCAGUGAAGAUGAUCUGUACAAUGAAUUCCGCAGCUCCUCCAACCGAUUCGGACACCCAGGAGGAGGAGGAGAACAGUUGGCCAUAAAUGAGCUGAUCAGUGAUGGCAGUGUGUGCGCGGAGGCUCUAUGGGACCACGUCACCAUGGAUGACCAGGAGCUGGGCUUCAAAGCUGGAGAUGUCAUUGAAGUAGUGGACGCCACAAACAAGGAGUGGUGGUGGGGCCGAGUGCUGGACAGCGAGGGCUGGUUCCCUGCCAGCUUUGUUCGGUUACGGGUGAACCAAGAUGAGCCCAUGGAGGAAUACCUAGCCCAUCUGGACGGGGCCUCAGAGGGGUGUGGGGCCAGCAUGGGGGGACCCUUGGGACCUGGACUGCCAUGCAAGGAGCAGAUGAGAGCCAACGUCAUCAAUGAGAUCAUGAGCACAGAGAGAGAUUACAUUAAACACCUGAAGGACAUAUGUGAGGGCUAUAUAAAACAAUGUCGGAAGAGGACAGACAUGUUUACAGAGGAGCAACUGCGCACUAUCUUUGGCAACAUCGACGAGCUCUACCGAUUCCAGAAGAAGUUCCUCAAAGCCUUGGAGAAGAAAUUCAACAAAGAGCAUCCUCACCUCAGCGAGAUCGGCUCCUGCUUUUUAGAGCAGCAAACAAACUUCCAGAUCUAUUCUGAGUAUUGCAACAACCACCCAAAUGCCUGCGUGCAGCUCUCCAAACUGAUGAAGAUCAAGAAGUAUGUAUUCUUCUUUGAGGCCUGUCGCCUGCUCCAGAAGAUGAUUGACAUUUCGUUGGAUGGAUUCCUGCUUACUCCUGUUCAGAAGAUCUGCAAGUAUCCUCUGCAGCUCGCUGAACUGCUCAAGUACACCAACCCACAGCACAGAGAUUAUAAAGAUGUGGAAGCUGCCUUAAAUGCUAUGAAGAAUGUGGCCAGACUGAUCAACGAGAGAAAGAGGCGUCUGGAGAAUAUUGACAAAAUCGCUCAGUGGCAGAGCUCCAUAGAGGACUGGGAGGGUGAAGACGUCUUGAGCAGGAGCUCUGACCUGAUCUUUUCUGGAGACCUGACCAAGAUCUCCCAGCCACAGGCUAAAGGCCAGCAGAGAAUGUUCUUCCUCUUUGACCACCAACUGGUUUUCUGUAAGAAGGAUCUGCUACGAAGGGAUAUCUUGUACUACAAGGGUCGGUUAGACAUGGAUGAGAUGGAGGUGGUGGAUGUGGAGGAUGGGAAGGAUAAGGACUUUAAUGUGAGUGUGAAGAAUGCCUUGAAAUUGUGUUCUCCUGGAGGAGAGGAGGUUCAUCUCCUAUGUGCCAAGAAGCCCGAACAAAAGCAGCGCUGGCUGAGAGCCUUCACAGAUGAGCGGGAGCAGGUCCAGCAUGACCUCGAAACAGGUUUUACAAUUACAGAGGUCCAGAAGAAGCAGGCCAUGUUGAAUGCAACUAAGAGUCAUCCAACAGGGAAGCCUAAAGCUGUGACCCGGCCCUACUAUGACUUCCUGCUGCGGCAGAAACACCCGACGCUGCCCACCGCCCUGCCCCAGCAGCAGGUCAUCAUGCUGGCCGAACCCAAACGCAAGACCUCCAAUUUCUGGCACAACAUCGGACGCUUGACACCGUUCAAAAAAUGAGCGACUCGGUGCCUGUUUUUAUCCCAGUGUAACACGUUUAUUUUUAUUGUCCAAUUGCGAAAGCACUUUAUGGGUUGGUUACAAUCACAUUGGCAUCGAACUUCAUCAGAGGGCACUCGGUAUUACAGACGGCUACUACUGCUCCACUUUUCCGGCACUAACUCGACUACUGCUGCAAGUCUUCAUCUUUCGGACGCGCUUCAUCCACACACUCCCGCUUGAAGAGAGGACUUCUUUAUAUGUCUUUAAUUUAUUUCGUUCAAGUUUUCAAUGUAUGCCAGCUAUCCACAGUGCCCAACUAGCUUUUGUAUGUAAUUUGAUACUUUUUGCGUAACCCGCCAAGAGGUUUCCAAGGGUUGCGCACAAGACCGCGUUGAGGUUUAUUACGGUGUUAACUUCCUCAAGAUUGUCAUGCCGUGUCCAUCGAUAUCAUGUCAGUCUGUGUAUGCAACUAUCGAGCCAACUCUCUCCUCAUCAAGCCUUUAAAAGAUUCUUUUAGACGACGUCCCAUCGGUUUUACCCUUUCAGACGAGCGGUUCAUGUAUGUGCUCAUUCCAUUCUUCUGCUGCCUAACGAACACUUGUCCUCUGUGACGAACUUCUCUUGAAGUGCCAUUCCAGACGUAACCCAGAUAUUGUGACGGGGGUUGCAUGAAUUCGCUGUGAAACUCCACAUUUUCAACCCAAAUGAAAUUGUCAAUAUUCUGUCAUUCUGAUAGAUAACGGUACUAUUAAAUUAAAAAGAGUAUGUUUGACACUUACGUCAAAUAUGUAUGAUUAUCUUUGACCACAAAGCGAAGUAUGUUAAUAAAAAGCAUUUGUAAGUGUUAUGAAUCUGA